GAUACAACAUGGCGGCCGGAUCCUAACGCUCUCCAUCGAGGGACCACCGCGGAGGUCCUAGUUCGGGACCCUGCCUCAAAGGAGUGGAAGCCAGGGAGCACCCUUUCUGUCCCCUUCUUCUCGUCCAGUAUCGGCAAGGGGUUGUCGCCGGCUUCCGCCUCCAGGAUGAAGAACUAUAAAGCAGUUGGCAAAAUAGGAGAGGGAACGUUUUCUGAAGUUAUGAAGAUGCAGAACCUGAGAGAUGGAAACUACUAUGCAUGUAAACAAAUGAAACAGCACUUUGAAAGUAUUGAGCAGGUGAGCAGUCUGCGAGAGAUACAAGCACUGAGGCGCCUGAAUCCACACCCAAACAUUCUUACGUUGCACGAGGUGGUUUUUGACAGAAAAUCUGGUUCUCUUGCGCUGAUAUGUGAACUUAUGGACAUGAAUAUUUAUGAGCUAAUACGAGGGAGAAGACACCCGUUACCAGAGAACAAAAUUACGCGCUACAUGUACCAGCUGUGUAAGUCCCUCGAUCACAUGCACAGAAAUGGAAUAUUUCACAGAGAUGUAAAACCAGAAAAUAUAUUAAUCAAGCAGGAUGUCCUAAAAUUAGGGGACUUUGGGUCCUGCCGGAGUGUCUAUUCUAAGCAGCCAUGCACGGAGUACAUCUCCACCCGCUGGUACCGGGCCCCAGAGUGUCUCCUCACGGAUGGCUUCUACACCUACAAGAUGGACCUGUGGAGCGCGGGCUGCGUGCUCUACGAGAUCGCCAGCCUGCAGCCCCUCUUCCCCGGAGCCAGCGAGCUGGACCAGAUCGCCAAGAUCCACGACGUUGUCGGCACGCCUGCCGAGAAGACCCUGGCCAAGUUCAAGCAGUCGAGAGCUAUGAGUUUUGAUUUUCCUUUUAAAAAGGGAUCAGGAAUACCUCUACUGACAGCCAAUUUGUCCCCGCAAUGCCUCUCCCUCCUGCACGCAAUGGUGGCCUACGAUCCUGAUGAGAGAAUCACUGCCCACCAGGCCCUGCAGCACCCCUACUUCCAACAGCAGAGGGCAGCUGAGAAGCAGACUCUGGCCAGGGACAGGAGGAAGGCCACCGCUCUCUUUCCCGAGCGCCCUGUGGCACCGGAACUCCUCAGUAACAGCUGGCAGACAGCGCAGGAGGGCAGAGAGCAGAAACUGCCCCUGAAGCGAGAGGAGGACCAUCCCAGGAGGCAGGGGCCGGCCCACGUGAUGGAACUGCCCAAGCUCAAGCUGUCAGGAGUGACCAAGCUGUCCUCGUACUCCAGCCCGGCGCUGCAGUCCGUGUUUGCCCCUAGAGCGACCGCGAAGGUCCCAGUGCUGAGACCCCUGAAGUGCGUUGGCCCAAACCAGAAGACGGACACACAGAAGGACGUGAAGCCUAACCUGAGACAGCACCGCCUGCCCACGAUAGAGCGGAGAGGAGGAGGCUGCUGAGCAGCCCUGCGGCUCCCCUGCUCGGGGCUCCCACCCGGCGGGACACCAACACAGGGGCAGAGGCUCCAGGAGGGGCCCGGCCUCCCUGGAGAGCUGCCCCCAGACCCGUGCCCCCGCCUUGGCCUGAAGCCGGCCGGCCUGCCGCUGCUUGCAUCCCGAAGGCAGCUGUACUGUAUGUUUGAGUCUAAUACAUUUGUACAAUCACCUCAUUCUAGGGUUUUAUUUCAUUUUCGUAACGUAAGGAUUUGGGGCAGGGACUAUUUUGUCAUUUUCUAUAAGAAUCAAAACAGAGAAAUCAUACUUCAUUAUGUGUUGUUUAGGUGUGGUUUCACCGCGGGCUGUGCACGCGGGCCUUCUCUGGCCCAUCACCAAGAGUGCUGUAGCACAUUCAGCUUCCAGGCCAUACUGUUGGAGACUGCUGGUUUUUAUUAAAGAAUAAGCUGUCAUUACAAUGGUUCAUCUUAAUGUUUUUUGAGUGACUCGUGUCCUGACUGUCCAUUCCUUUAUUUUGACCUUUGUGAGUGUGUCAGGGGCCCUGGUUUU